AUGACAUCGAACAAAUUCUAUAUCACUUUAGACGCCGAAGAGAACACCGUGUUUAUGAAGAAACAAGAUGGUGUACUCAUGACGGAUUCGAGUCAGAAUAAGACACGAAGUGUCUUUGAAGUUGAACGAGUUGAUGACCCCCCGUUGGGGUUCUACUUGAAAUCAGGUGGGACGUACUUCUAUCGCUGUAAACACGGACCUUUGAUAGUUGCGUCUGAAAAGUCGAAGGCGGACAUCUUUGAAUACGACUUUGAAACGAAGUUGUUGGUAGUAGUGAGACCCGAAGGGAAGUUUGUCUGCAGUUUUCGGGACGAUGUGCUCUUUGGCGACGACAUCUUGAAGAUCGACUUCUCGACAACGUACCCGUCUGUCGAAAUAGGAGGAAGUAGCUUCUUCUUCUUGAUCUCGUCGUUGCCCAGUAACAGAAGUGCUUUUGGCCUUUUCUUGUCUCCUAUCAGUACACAAGCCAAUGUCGUCCUCCGUCAAGGAAAAUAUGGCGAAGAGACUUUCGUGUGUAUGAAGGACAUGGAGUCCGAGAGAAAGAUGUUUCUCUCACGAAAUAAGACUGAACUCAAUGUCACUAUAUUUAAGGAGAACGCCGAAAAGUUCACCGUCAAGGACAAAACCCCUUUCUUCUGGGUCAAUCGGAAGUUUUUACCUUUAAUAGCGGGUGAACAGUCCGUUAAGGGGUAUCAGGUCGCUUUUCCUUUGAACUUCUUUAAUUUCCACCCUCUCUAA